UUCGUUUGUGUGUCUGUGCGUGUCUAUAUAGGCUUUUUACCUAUAUUACAAUCGUUUUAAUAAUCUUACCAUAUCUCACAUACGUUCAAGACAAAACGGUUAAGAUAUAGUCGAAAAAGUGAAAAAAAAUAUAUAUAUUAAGAAUGUGGGACACAAAAGUUUACACAACGAAUGAGUAGAUUUAUAGCAUGAAAAAUAUUUUUAACUGGGCUUAGAGAGAAUGCUACCACGGCCCAAAAUCAACUGACAACAACAGCAACAACAACAACCGACAAAGGGAAGGAAAAAACAAAAACUAACGGAAUAAUGCAACAUUAAGCAAAAUGCUGCUGGCCCUGCUACAACAACAACAACAACAACAGCAACUUAAACUACAUCAGCAACAACAACCUGCCACCGACAUCACCGCUGUGUCGUUGUCGUCGUCGUCGUCGUCGUCGUCGUCGCCGUCGUUGUCAUCGUCAUCGUCGUCGUCGUUGCUGCUGCUGCUGCUGCUGUCGGCGUUGCCGUAUAAAAAUGGAACCCUCAUAUGAUCACGAACAUCCACAUCAUCUGCUAACAAAUUACAAUACAAAAAAGUAUCCCCACGUCUCCCGCACACCGGAAUAUAGUCACUCCACAGGCGGCAGCGACUAUGCAGAGCAUGGCGGUUAUCUGGCCGAUGGACGUUUAUUGCAUGAAAGCGCCAGCGAUGGCAUCUAUCAUGUGCGCCAGGGAAGUGAGCACUCUUCGCCUAGCCUCCAUUCACCAGCCAUACAAAGCGCCACCUAUGAAAAUGAGCACUCCAUGACCGAGACAGUUCUUGGAGUGCACAGUCACUCGCAUUCGCCCAUGUCACCCAUGGUUUCUGUUGCCAGUGGAAGUGGUUACGUGGGCUCCAGUGGUGGUGCUGGUAAUGGCAACUCUUCGCUUAUAAGCACAAAUAUCCCCUUGCUGGGCAGUGGGGGAAGUGCGGUGCUCAAUAAGUUUCUAUCCCAUCCGCAUGCCGGCAUGGUAAGUGUAGGCGCAAAUGCUGGUGGUUUGGAGGAUCCCAUCGAGCCAUCUGGCAUGUGGAGCUAUGACUACAAGGGCGAUUUGUGUGCCCCGAACUGUGGCUACUUGGACCGGCAUAAGGCCGUCAUGGCACCGAGUGAUUUGAAGUACAGGCCAGCCGGUAGUCAGUCAAAAAGUGCCAAAGAGUCGCGCAUUCGUCGCCCAAUGAAUGCGUUUAUGGUGUGGGCCAAGAUUGAACGUAAGAAACUGGCCGAUGAGAAUCCUGAUCUACACAAUGCGGAUCUCAGCAAGAUGUUGGGAAAGAAAUGGCGUUCAUUGACGCCCCAAGAUCGACGACCAUAUGUGGAAGAGGCAGAACGUCUGCGUGUCAUACACAUGACAGAGCAUCCCAACUACAAGUACAGACCAAGACGACGAAAACAGUCAAAAUUACGCACCAUGCAGCCGGGAGGAGGAUCAGGAGCAGUAUCUGGUGGUGGUAAUGGUGGCAGCAAAGAGCAAAGUGAGACGCCGCCAAGUGCAGUGGGCAAGUCAACACCAAAAUUGUCGACUCCACCUCUGGGAACCUCGGUUAACUCCAACUAUAACACACCCACCGAUGAGAGCACCUGCAAUUCGACACAACAGAAUUCAAGCCAAGCCAGCGGAGGUGGGGUCCAUUAUGAGCAGCCACUAAAAUCCACAUACUCACCCAGCUCAGUGGAUUGCUAUAGCAAUGCCGACAGUUCAGAGCAAAUUGAAUCCCUGGCCCUGCUCAGCGAAUCUUCUCCCACACCGACAGGUUCUGGGAAUUAUGACAACUCUCUAUUAUUGAAAAAACUAACGAAACCGGCGCCAACAAGUCGCAGUGCCAAGGCACGCAAUGAGAAACUUGCCAAGGCAGAGGAAAAGGCCAAGAUACAACCAGGAAUGUAUGCUUCAUACCCACUGGCACCCACUUCGGUGGCUGUUGUGGCAGCUCGGGGAAUGUAUGUGACCUGCAACAAUCGUGGAUUACUUGAUCAUGGUCACUCUGUCAAGGGUACCUUCUAUCCGCCCGUAUCAGUGGCCAAUUCCGAGGAUGAGGUCAACUCUUCCAUGCGCCAGUCUGUGCUCCAACAACAUUGCAACACAAUGGUAUCCACUGCACCUGUUCCCUCUGUAUCCAGUGAACUGAGUAGCUAUACCACAACUUUAACCGACAAUUGCGGCACUCUGCUGGGAUCCAAUGAUUAUCUAUCGAAUGCGAGUGCCUAUGGCAUGCAAUAUGAAGAUUUUUUGCGUUAUCAAAACAACGAAUUAGACUACAAGGAGACGGCUGCACAGGGGAGUAGCUCCAUUUCGCCGAGCCAGAAGUGCCUUAAAUAUCCGGAUACAAAUCAAAACUACGAUGAUUAUGAGGCGGAGGCAUAUAAUAAUGCGAUGCUUCUAUCUGCGUCAGCUCCACCAGCAACUGGAGGUUACUACUCACAAUUAUCGUACGCUCCGACAGGAUUGGCCGCAUUUCCCUUACAAAUUGCAGUGCCCUUUCAACAGAGUCCAGCAGCGGCAGCAGCAGCCUAUGGACAGACAAUGCAAAGUGGUUACCUUCAUUAUGGUAAUUAUGGGGCCUUCGAUGGGAUGCCACAACAACAUCAGCCGCAGCCGCAGCAGCAGCAGCAACAUCAGCAACAACAACAACAGCCACAGCCGCCUCCCCCGCCCAUACAGACAGUCACUUCGUUGCAGCAGCAACAACAGCAACAGCAGCAGCAACAACAGACUCAAUCACAUUCGCUUCCACAUCCACAUCAUCAUUUCCCAGCAGCCAAUGAGAUGCUGUUCGAGCAACAGCAGCGCAAGGAUGAUGAGAUAAGCAAUAUAUUGGCUGGCGUACGUAAGACCUGUUAUAGCAAUUAAACUGGAAUGCAACACAUACGAAACGUGAGUUUCGAUCUAUAUAAAAUUGUACAAUGUUUAGAUAUUUUUUAUCAGAAUAAAGAUUAAUUGAUAAGUAA